AUGUCAAGUACAGCAGUUGAUGACUCAUCAAUUCCUGACUUAGCCCAAGAUCUAAAGCUUCCUGAUGCGUCUGUCGACCGCUACAUCUCGAUGCUGGUGCUGCAGCUGGUACCGGACCCCGAUGCCAUGUUGCGCGAAUCCCAUCGCGUGCUCGGGUCUGGCGGCGUCGCUGGGUUCGUGAUCUGGGGCCAGGUCGAGCACACUGCGUUCUUCCGGCUGCUGGCCGCCGCCAACGACAAGCUCGGCGUCCCUUCGGGGUUCACAUCCAACUACGCACUGGGACGAGACCUGCCGACACUCCGGGCUAAACUUCGAACCGCGGGGUACUCGUCUACGUGCGUGUGGCCGUACUUGGCCGUUGCUGAGAAAUGGGAAGCAGAAAAGUAUGCGACGCUGGCGGGCCGGCUGUUCCCCGUGGACGACGAGGCCUUCCACCUCCGACGGCAUGCAGUUCGUGGAAUUGGCGGCGGCGUGGCUGGCCACAGGGCAACCCAUUGGAAUGGAAACGUACUUGGUCGUGACCAAGAAAGAAUGAUCCGCCGCUUCGGCUGA